GUCAGCCCGAAGGCCGUGCUCAAAUGCCUGCCUACCCUGUCGCAAGGUGAAAAUGAAGUGCUCUCUGAGUGUCGGCGACGUAGAUUCAAGAUGCGAGAGAUGUACCCGUAAAUCACUGAGUUGUAUCUUUCAAGAGCAUCGGCGUGGACGAAAGCUAGGCACAAGAAUCUCAACGAGAACAUCAGCUCCUAUGAUGACAUUACCCGUGCCAUCACAGAGUGAAGCCGAAAACGUCGAGCCUAUCCAGGACUCAUGGACGCCGGCAAGCCAAAGCAUCGAGAGCAUUCCAGACUCUGAACCAACAAGCUUGCAACCCUCUGGACUUCUCAACCAUGAGGCGAUGAGGGGGAAAUUCUCCCUGGGGUAUAUACUGAGCACCGCUGAUGGGCAUCCCCUUAAUUCAGGCCCUAAUGAUGUAGUAUUCGCCCCUGCCGAGGAUCCCAUUAUGCUUGGCCUUGUCAAUCUUUCUAUAGCGAAGUCAUUAUUCCAAAACUUCAUGGAAGUUCUCAAUCCAUACAUCAGCCAGCUAGAUCCUGUCUUGCACACGUUCGCCUAUGUGCGGCAGAAGUCACCCUUUCUUCUCACCACCGUUCUUGCCAUGGCCGCAAAAGCAUUUAAUCCGGCUCUCUACGAAAAGCUACACGACCAUGCUCAGAAUUUGUAUGGCGAUUGCUUUCGGCGUGGCAAGAAGUCGACAGAAAUAGCCCAGGCAAUCUUGAUCCUCACAUAUUGGAAAGAACCUGAGGACACGCGUGCGUGGACUUCUUUAGGUUACGUGAUUCGAAUGUGUAUGGAUUUGGGGUGGCAUAGGCUGAUGCCAUACUCCGCCCAGAGCCGAGUAUCCAUGACGGAGAAAGAGAAGAGAGAAAUACGAAACAUCGAGAGAACGUGGUAUGUUCUAUUUGUCUACGACCGAAGCAUCAGUCUACAAACAGGGAAACCAUGGAUGAUGGAGCGGAACGAGUUCAUUGAGUCAAUUGACCUAUGGUGCAAAGACCCCAUGGUCACAUCCAACGACAGACUCCUGGGGGCGUUUGUUACCCUCCGUUUGAUGACUUCUGCGGUAUAUAAGUUGCUGAGCCAAAAGCCUCAGACAAGUGAAGGGCAAGGACCAUUGCACAAUAUCGAGUCACUUCUCACUAUCAUCAACGGUCGCAUUAAAGGAUGGGAAAAUCUAUGGACACAAACCGUCGAGACUGAGCACGACAGCUGCCACCCAUUCUUGGUACGCUUUUACGGGACACAUCUUCGGUUACAGCUAUUCUCACUGCCAUUACAAGAAAUUCUCGCUUCUCCAAAUGCAGAUCUUUCAAUGAACCUGGAGAUACUAUGGGUUGCCUAUUCGAGUGCUAUUGAGAUGUUACAGUUGCUAUCUCGGUACUCCUCCCGGCUCUACUUCGCACAAGACUCAAUCCACGUCAUGACCGCCUACAGCGCAGCAUUCCUCAUCAAGCUGCUUCUUUCUGCUCCAAAUUCGAUCGUCAGCGAAAUUGAAGACAGCACGAUUAAUGCCCUAAGAGCCGCCACAUGUGUCUUUUCUCAGCAAGCAGCCCCUCCGGGGUCAAGCUGCACACUACAGGCGAAAUUCUUGGAGAGAAUUGUCUUAGAAUUCUUGAAUAAACGAACCGAAAAAGCUCGUACCUCUGGGAAUGCCAGUCCAGAUAACGUGGGGAGCAGUCAUGGGAUUUCCCGACAUCGAGGCGCUUCGCCAAGAGCUUCGAGGCUACCGGAUGAUCCAAGCCAGCUGCUUCUAGACACUGGAGACAUGGACGUACCGGAUACUCCAGGUCUCCAACAGAUCAGGGCGGAUUUUCUGUUCACGGAUGAUACUUUCUGGGCGGACAUGUUCGUCAGCGCUGGCUUCAGUCUUCAAGAUGGUGUAUUUUUCUCAUGAAUGGGACACUUCAGAGGGUCUAGAAUAACCCAGCCCACUCAUUUCAGCUAGA